UAAAUUAUGACCAUAUGUAAAACCAGUUUUCUUAUACAUGUUAACGGACGUCCAAACCAAAUUUACAUGUUACCAGGGCCACAGGGUUUUGACACAAUCCUGUGACCAGGCAUGGAUCCUGCAAACUAACAAGCUGGAAAUUGAAAGAACUUCUCCUAAAGCGAGAUAUUUUCGUGAAAACGCAGUUAUUUCUUCAGCGAGAUUAUUUAUGAUGACAGGCACAGCAAUAUUGGUACAAACACAAAAAUUGGUGUACAGACGAAGAGAUAAGAAGAAGUCAUCGUUACUUACAGAUAAAGAAACCCAGAAAUUUAUUGAAGAGUUUGGUCAAGUUAAAACAUUACAGGAACUUCAAAAGGAUACUCAGAAGAAUGCCCAGAUAGACAAGUGGGCGAAUUUCCGGGGACCUCGACCCGACGACGAUAAAUCCAUGGAAACAUUUAAAAAGAUCAAAGAGGAGGGGGACAAACAAAUAAAGAAAACAAACAUUAGGAUAAAGGGCAGCGAGGACUGGAAAAAAUACCAGGAUAAGAAAAGUGAAUGGCUGGAAACUAUUAAACGCCACCAGGACGCUUCCAUGAAAAAUAAAUAGUUUGUGUGUGACCUGUGAUGUGUACGUGUAAUGUAUGUGAUGUGUACAUGUAAUGUGUGUGAUGUGUAGUGUAGUGUGUGUGAUGUGUACAUGCCUGUAUACGUAGUUUGUGUGACUAGCGAUUUUGUGAAGACGUCUAUCUAUUCCGAGACUAAUGAGCAUCGUCAAAAUACAUUAUUUGAAGCUAAAAAGGGCAAAUGUUUAGAAAUAUUUUUAUAUGUGCUGUGUUUCAAAUUAUAGUAAGAAGAAAAUUGCCAAAAAUUAAAAUAUAUUCUGGCA